UGACUGAUUUUUUGAAUUGAAGAAUUAGGCUGAAGAUUUAAAGAAUCUGCAAAUUAUUGACAGAUUGAAGUUGUUGUAAGCUUUAAAGUUUUACAGUUAGUAUAUUUGGUUUCUAAAUUUUCCAAAAGUUAUUGGAAGAUUACUGAUAGACAGAUUGAAAUUAAUAGAAUUUCUAUGGAAUCAGAGCCCACUUCUUCGGUUAUUAAAUUCGGCACUCAGCUGUGCCAAUUCUUCGGCGUAAAAGUAGUUAAAACUCGUGAAAGUCAUGAACCAGUUCGUUAUAAACUACUUAUUGUGGCGUUCGCCGGUUUGCUGCAAAUAGCUUUAGCUGCCGGACUCAGCAUUCAACGCUGGGAGAAUGUUAACACACGAGUUACAGCGUUUACUAAAAUCGGAGAAUAUUCUAUUUGCACAAUAGUUUUCUUCAAUCUUCUCAACUCACCCGAUCACAUACUGUAUCUGCUAACGAUUGUCAACAAUCCUUUAACAGGAUCUGACACUGAAAAUCCAACAAAUUCCAGAAACUUGGCUGUAGAACAUGCAAAAUUGAUCCAGAAAAUCUACCUGUCAGCUGGAGUCACAUUAUGGUUCUUCACAAACUUCAUACCAGUUAUCAUCGAAAUCGUCAUUCUUUGCUCUAAAAAUCUUGACGAAAUCUCUCUCGAUAGUCUCAUCACUUGCUACUAUUUUAUACCCUACCUAAACGCUAGCACAAUGCCCAUCUAUUGUGUACUAUCAUUGGUACAAACCAUGGUAUACUCUAUGCUGAUUCUUCUGACGUCAUUCUAUUUUUCACUGCUGAGUUCAACUAUCAAGAUGCUGGAAUAUGAGGUGAUCAACUUGACAAGUAAUAUUUCAAGCAUCGACAGUGAGUUCAAAGGAGAUAGACCUCAAAAUCAACUCAGGUCUAAACUGAGAGAGUCAAUACGGCACCACCAGAAACUAAUAAGAGCCGUAAGUGAUUUCAACAAAUCAGCAGGUUUAAUGCUGUUAGCAUUUAAUAGCAUCAUAACUGGGCAGCUAAGUUUGGAGCUCUAUUGCACAUUGGAGACGGAUGAACCCAUGAUUCAUUUUCUUAGGAUGCCAGGAUCAGUAGUUUGCUACGGAGUGCUGUGUUCCAUAGGUCAGAGCCUCAUCAAUGGAGGAGAUAACCUGUGUCGAGUAUGGGAGCAUUUCGACUGGAUCAGUAAACCUGGCUGGUUCAAGAAAGAUCACGUUUUCAUUGUGAUGUGCAUGAAGAAACCACUUCAGAUAAAACCGGCCAAUCUCUAUGUACUCAACUCCACCAACUUUAUGGCGGUGAUGCAAGCAGCCUAUUCUUAUCUCAAUAUGAUGAGAUCAUUCAGGGUGAACAGAGGAUAAGCACAGCAUAAUUCAAUUCAGAGUAAUUCAAGGAAUAUACUUCAAAAUAGUCCAGUGGUACUUAGAAGCACACUUGUAGACUUUACUACUGUAAUAGAUAGGUCUUCUUGGAAUGUAG